CGUCAGUGGGAUAGGACUGCUUUGGGGACAAUCCUUAUCACUGCUUGAUCUCCGCUCUGAGCUCGGCCGCUUCACAUACAGAGAGAGAGCGCACCAGAGGAAUAAACCGAUCUCUCCGUUUUUUCCUGAUUUCUUUUUUUUUUGUUAAGGCAGUGAUAAAACAAAGGAGGAGGACAAAAGCGGUGGAGUAAAAGAGUAACAGAAGAGUUGUUGUUGUCGUUACAUGUUGUCAUGGGUUGUACACUAAGUGCAGAGGAACGAGCGGCUCUGGACCGGAGUAAAGCUAUUGAGAAGAACUUGAAGGAGGAUGGGCUCGAAGCUGCCAAGGAGGUCAAGUUGCUACUUCUCGGUGGGGGUGAAUCGGGCAAAAGCACCAUUGUAAAACAGAUGAAGAUUAUCCAUGAGGAUGGAUUUAGUGGCGAUGACGUGAAACAGUUUAGACCAGUUGUUUACAGCAACACCAUCCAGAGUUUAGCAACUGUCCUCCGUGCUAUGGAAACACUCACUCUUGAGUAUGCUGAUGCUGGACGCAAUGCUGAUGCAAAGUUGGUGUUUGACGUGGUGGGCCGCAUGGAGGACACUGAGCCCUUCUCAGCUGAGCUGCUGGCCGCCAUGAUCCGCCUGUGGACUGAUGCCGGCACACAGGAAUGCUUCGCCCGAUCCGCCCAGUACCAGCUCAACGACUCUGCACAAUACUAUCUGGACAGCUUACAGCGAAUCGGCUCUCCUGAAUACUUACCAACAGAGCAGGACAUUCUCCGCACCCGUGUGAAGACUACUGGCAUUGUGGAAACACACUUCUCAUUUAAGAAUCUCAAUUUUAGAUUGUUUGAUGUCGGUGGUCAGCGUUCCGAGCGUAAGAAGUGGAUCCACUGUUUCGAGGAUGUCACUGCCAUCAUCUUCUGUGUGGCCAUGAGCGGCUAUGACCAGAUGCUGCACGAAGACGAGACGACGAAUCGAAUGCACGAGUCGCUGCAACUUUUCGACUCCAUCUGCAAUAACAAGUUUUUUGUGGACACCUCCAUCAUCCUCUUUCUCAACAAGAAGGAUUUAUUUCAAGAGAAGAUUACCAAGUCUCCUCUCAGCAUCUGCUUUCCUGAGUAUACAGGAAACAAUUCAUACGACGACGCCACAGCUUACAUCGAGAGCCAGUUUCAGUCCAAGAACCGGUCAGCCAACAAGGAGAUCUACUGUCACCUGACGUGCGCCACUGACACGGGCAAUGUCCAGGUGGUGUUUGCAGCCGUCACAGACAUCAUUAUUGCCAACAAUCUGAGAGGGUGUGGCUUAUACUAAAGGCC